CACACAUACACACACACACACGCGCACACACACACACACACACACACACACACUGAGGGGUGUGUCAUAGCAAUUUAGUUCCUUAAGGAAGUAAAACUCAACAUUAUCUUAAGACAGGGUGGUGAGCACUGACAGAAGCACUCCAGGAGGGCUGAUUUUAUGGCUUUGGGUACUUCUCUUGGUGGAGAUGAAGGUAUCCUGUUAAAUUAACCUGCCUGUGCUGUCAAAGUGAUACACAGAGCGGAGGGAGCGCGACAUCUGACACACACAAGGAGGGAGGGGGACUCAGCAAACACUCAGUCUGUGCAGACUAAAUGUGUUAUUGGUGGCAAUGAGCAAAGGCAGCCUCAGUGAAGGAAUGACUGGAAACUGAGUGACUUCUCUCCACUUCCCCAUCUUGAGCACAAGUUGAGAGAUCUUUUUGUUCACAGUCAUGCUGCAACAAGUUACACUGACAGGCACAUAUGUUGAGCUUAUGUUUUUGUUUGCACAGGCUGAGAGUAAAAUCAGUAGACUUUGGCAUCUCAACUGGUCAACGUUGAUUUGCUGAAGGUUAAAAGAUACUACUAAAGACGACAGGUUUCAGCGUCAAACUGGAGCUGAGGCAAUCAUGGAAGCAUUCAGUUCCAAGGAUUUGGCCAUAAAGGCACAGAAGAAGAUCCUCAGCAGCAUGGCCAACAAAAGCACCGUGCAAAGAUUCAUAGACGACACCACUAGUGAAAUACUGGAUGAACUGUAUCGGGUUUCCAAGGAGUACACAGGAAAUAAAGCAGUAGCUCAGAAGGUCAUUAAAAACCUGAUCAAGAUCGCUGUCAAGAUCGGGGUGCUGUACAGGAACAACUGUUUCAGCAAAGAGGAACUGAAACUAGCCCAGGAAUUUAAGAAAAAGCUCCAUACAGGAGCCAUGACGGCUAUCAGCUUCUAUGAGGUGGACUUUACCUUUGAUAAGAUGGUGAUGUCAGAAAACUUGACAGAGUGCAGGGAUCUUCUGCUAAAACUGGUCAACACCCACCUCACCCCGAAAUCUCACGGUCGCAUCAACCACGUCUUCAACCAUUACGCCGAACCUGAGCUUCUGACCAAAUUGUAUGACCCAAGCGGACCCUUCAGACCCAACCUCACUAAAAUCUGUAAAGGACUCAACAAACUGGUAGAGGACGGGACAAUAUGACGUGUGAGGAACAUGCUUGCAACACUCACUGGGAGAUAAACAGGAAAACACACUUAAGACUCUGGACCGCUGGAUGAAAUUUGUAUUACUGCUGCUGAGGACAACUUAAGAAGACUGAUUCGAAAACAAAUCUGGUUACCCUUAGCUUUUAAAGAACAUAUUUGAUAAGGGCAAAGGUUAUGUCUCAAUUUUAUAAUGUACAGAAGGGACUGCACAUCCUGUGUAAGUAAAGUUCAUAAAAAAACUUAAAUUUCAGCAGAUUUAAACUAUAUGUCUAAAAUGUUUUAUAUGUGAGACUGUACUUUGUUACUGAGACCUAAGGGCUGUGUACAUGUAAAGGAAGAAUGAAACAGCAGCUGAAAAAUCUUGCCAAUCUUAAAAAGAAAAUGUCACUGUACUGCAACACUGCCAUCAGGUGGUUUACAUGUGAUGCUACAGUAACAGUGCACUGUUUACUGAAAUAUGGAGAUUACAAUUCAAGUAAUAAAAAGGGAAAUAACCACAUAAGUAUUA